GUUCAAGGUCGUUGGGUUGUGGAGACGCGUCGUCAAUCCCAAUUCUUGUGAUGCAUUCGAAAUUUGACGCUACCAGCUUCUAAUUUCGAUUGUCAGUUUGCCUUAAUCCCAUGAUUGUGCUACUACUGAUUGUUGUCGAUUGUUUUCUCUAUUAAAAGUAGGUGAAUUCUAUGUACUUACUGAGUCGUCGGCUCACAUUUGCUCUUGUUCUUCCCUAUUCCAAAUGACCUCUCAUACUGCUCUUGAAACUCCUCUAGCACACAAGGUACCAUUAAGCUGUACACAAACUUGCCAAAGACAGGAGUUACAGCUAUGUGGCUAUUAAGUCUUCAAUUUUUCGACUCAGUUUCGCUUUCCAGAUUCUCUGUUUAAAGCUUGCGCGAUUACUGAUUAUUGCCGACUACUGUCCUUAUUAAAUACAGGUGCAAUUUUUGCCCUUUCUGGGUCAUCAUUUCGCCUCUUUUGUCCUCUUUUCGAGCCCCCACUAACGCUACUCUGCAUGCUCCCCUAGUACACAAGAUACCUGGCUAUAUUUGAGCUGUAACAGCUUUUUCCUGUGGUUCGGUGAGGACCACCCAUCGCCUUUAAAUAUGUACCAAUCUGGCUUACUUAUUUUAUCACCUCAUGUGGGCUCCCAAAAGUUGUCAUCCUUAUUGAAAUAUGUUAACAAUAUUGUGAAUAAAAAGUUGUUUUUAUCAAUCCCACAAAGUCCUUCCGAUUUCAUAUUUUGGAAAAAUAUGGCUACGUUGUGUUACAAAACUGCAUGUAAGGUUUGCCCAUCGCUAAAUGUUUGUCUUCUUCUUCCUACAAGUAAACACAUUAAACCUUCAGUAAAGUUUGAUAUUGUGAUUUCAUCAGAAUCUGAAUUUAGUCGUGUCUGGAUUUUAAAUGAAGCUCACAAUAUUGAUCCCCUUUAUGGUGACGAUGUUAUAUACACUACCCAAGAUAAUUUGGAGUCAGAUCCAUCAAUUUCUGAUGACCAGAUUACUAGUAUAUUAUCAGACAAAUCGUAUGACGAUGUCUCCCGUGUAUGUCUUGGCGGCACUUUUGAUCGGUUUCACUAUGGACACAAAAUUCUGCUUACUGUUGGUGCUUUAUUGGCUAAAGAAUAUUUACUUGUUGGUGUAACAUGCUCUGAUUUACUUCCAAACAAAUGCCUUAGUCCAUUAAUAUUUUCGUGGGAGAAACGUGUUAAAAAUGUUCAAACUUUUCUCAAUGAUAUAGGCAUACAAUCUAAAGCUAUGGGAAUUGUUAAAUUAUUCGAUAAAUUUGGUCCAACUAUACGUUCUGCAGACUUUGACUGUAUUGUAGCCAGUCCUGAUUCUUUAGAUAAUUGUACAAAACUGAAUGAAUUACGAUGUGCAAGUGGAUUUAAGCCGUUAAAAAUUGAAAUAAUCGAUUUCAUAUAUGUAGAUAAGAUCUCCAAUGGACUCCAGGCAUAUCCUAUUGAAUUGUCGGAUUGUAAGUUAUGUUCUUCAAAACGUCGAUUUGAUGAACUUGGUAGUCUGUUAAAACCUGUUAAUAACGUAACUGUAAAUAGUUCUCCAUGUAGUCCAUAUUUAAUUGGCUUAACAGGACCAUCUGGUUCGGGUAAAUCAUCAUUGGCCAAACGACUUGAACAUUUAAGCGAUCAAAUUCAUGUAAUCGAUUGUGAUCGUCUCGGUCAUGAAGCAUAUACUCCUGGUACACCUUGUCACCAAGCACUUUUGUCUCAUUUUGGACGAGAAAAAAUUGCUUCUCCAGAACCACCCUAUCCAAUAGAUAGACGUUUAUUGGGAAAUUUGGUUUUUUCUGAUCCUGCUCAACUGAAAAAUCUAAAUUCAAUAGUUUGGCCUGAAAUAUUUAAAAAGAUUCUAACAAUUGUUAAAGAUAUAGAAUGUAAGGCUUUAGCACAAGAUCGGAAUCCUAAACGUCCAGUUAUUAUAUUGGAUGCUGCUGUGCUUUUACAGGCUAAGUGGGAUGAAAUUUGCCAUGAGGUAUGGUUAACAGUUUUACCUCAUACAGAAGCUCAGCGUCGUCUGUGUGAGAGAAACAAUCUAAGUCCAGAGGCAGCAUCAGAACGUCUUUCACGGCAAGCCUCCUCUGUUGCUGAGGUGACAGGUGGAUACACUUGGUUUGAAGCAGGUCAAUAUUGUUCUGGGAAAAGUCCUCUCGACUAUGCACAUGUAAUUCUAAGUACAGAAUGGGAUCCAGAAUGUUCACAGUAUCAAGUUGAAAAAUCCUGGCAAGCGUUACAACAAAGGCUAUAGUUAAUUAACUAUCAACAAUUCAUUGAGUGCUUGCCGCCGCUAAUUUGACACUGUAUUUAGUUGGCUGAAUUGUUUGUAAUAAAUCUCACUUAUGAGACACAAAGAAACAAACAUGGUAUUAUUAACCAGUUUUAUUUUUGUCUUAAUUUUUGCUAUUAGUCGAUAUUUCUAUGACAGUGCAUAAUAAACUAUUAUUAUUUUUCAA